CAGAGCCGCGGGCGGCCCUCGCUCCGCUCCGCUCCGGCAGCGGCCGCGGCGCGAACAAAGGCGGCGGCGGCGGCAGGCGGCGGUGGCGGCGCGGCCGAGCGCGGCUCCCGCCCGCCCCUGCUUCCUGGGCCGGACCAGCUGAGGCGGCCGCCGCGCCCCCGCCCCGCCGCCGAGCGGAGCCGCCGCCGCAGCAGCGCCGGUGUCGGGGCGCGCUCGCCGCCCGCCGCGGGAGCUGCAUGUGCGCGGGAGCCGAGGCGGAGGAUGGCGGUGCUCAAGCUCGCCGACCAGCCGCCACUGGUCCAAGCGAUUUUCAGUGGUGAUCCAGAAGAGAUCCGGAUGUUGAUCUACAAAACUGAGGAUGUCAACGCCUUGGAUGCCGAGAAACGAACUCCUCUUCAUGUGGCGUCAUUCCUGGGGGAUGCAGACAUCAUUGAGCUUCUCAUUUUGUCAGGCGCUCGUGUUAAUGCCAAGGACAAUAUGUGGCUGACUCCUCUCCAUCGAGCAGUUGCUUCAAGAAGUGAAGAGGCAGUGCAGGUGCUGAUCAAGCACUCUGCCGAUGUCAACGCCCGGGACAAGAACUGGCAGACGCCGCUGCACGUGGCUGCUGCCAACAAGGCGGUGAAGUGCGCGGAGAUCAUCAUCCCCCUGCUGAGCAGCGUCAACGUGUCGGACCGCGGGGGCCGCACGGCGCUGCACCACGCGGCGCUCAACGGGCACAUCGAGAUGGUGAACUUGCUCUUGGCCAAGGGGGCAAACAUCAAUGCUUUUGACAAAAAGGACAGAAGAGCUCUUCACUGGGCAGCGUACAUGGGUCACCUGGAAGUUGUUGCCUUACUGAUUAAUCACGGUGCAGAAGUGACUUGUAAAGACAAGAAGGGUUAUACCCCACUUCAUGCAGCUGCAUCCAAUGGGCAGAUUAAUAUCGUGAAGCAGCUCCUUAACCUGGGGGUGGAGAUUGAUGAAAUGAACAUCUAUGGAAAUACUGCACUUCACAUUGCCUGUUACAAUGGUCAGGAUUCUGUUGUUAAUGAGCUGAUUGACUAUGGUGCUAAUGUAAAUCAGCCCAAUAAUAAUGGAUUCACUCCCUUGCAUUUUGCUGCUGCCUCCACUCAUGGAGCACUGUGUCUUGAACUACUAGUGAAUAAUGGGGCAGAUGUCAAUAUUCAGAGUAAGGACGGGAAGAGCCCACUGCACAUGACAGCUGUCCAUGGGAGGUUCACACGGUCUCAGACCCUCAUUCAGAAUGGAGGGGAAAUCGACUGUGUUGAUAAGGAUGGUAACACCCCUCUGCACGUGGCUGCAAGAUAUGGACACGAGCUUUUGAUCAACACACUCAUAACCAGCGGAGCCGAUACUGCCAAGUGUGGGAUCCACAACAUGUUCCCUUUACACUUAGCAGCGCUGAACGCUCACUCAGACUGCUGCAGGAAAUUGUUGUCGUCGGGACAAAAGUAUAGCAUAGUGUCCUUGUUUAGUAAUGAGCACGUGCUGUCUGCAGGCUUUGAAAUAGACACCCCCGAUAGCUUCGGAAGAACGUGCCUCCACGCUGCCGCUGCAGGAGGUAAUGUAGAAUGUAUAAAACUCUUGCAAAGCAGUGGAGCAGAUUUUAAUAAGAAGGACAAAUGUGGAAGGACACCUUUGCACUAUGCAGCUGCAAAUUGCCAUUUCCACUGUAUUGAGACACUGGUGACAACAGGAGCCAACAUUAAUGAAACAGAUGAGUGGGGCCGCACCCCUUUGCACUAUGCUGCUGCUUCUGACAUGGACCGAAAAAGAAAGAAUAUUUUAGGUAACUCCCAUGAAAAUGCUGAAGAACUUGAAAGAACCACUGAGAUGAAGGAAAAAGAAGCUGCAUUGUGUCUAGAGUUCCUUCUACAGAAUGAUGCCAACCCAUCCAUCCAGGAUAAAGAGGGGUACAACACUGUGCAUUAUGCUGCUGCAUAUGGGCACCGGCAGUGCUUGGAACUGAUUGGAAGCAAAACUCCAUUGGAUAUACUUCUGGAAAAAACCAACAAUAUAUUUGAAGAAUCUGAUUCUGCAGCUACCAAAAGUCCUUUGCAUUUAGCUGCCUAUAAUGGUCAUCAUCAAGCCCUGGAGGUACUUCUCCAAUCUCUGGUAGAUCUGGAUAUUAAGGAUGAGAAAGGACGCACUGCUUUGGACUUGGCUGCAUUUAAAGGACAUGCAGAGUGUGUGGAAGCUCUCAUCAGCCAGGGUGCUUCUGUCACUGUAAAAGACAAUGUCACCAAAAGGACCCCCCUCCAUGCCUCAGUCAUUAAUGGCCAUACACCUUGUCUACGGUUGUUGCUAGAAGUUGCAGACAACCCUGAUGUGACAGAUGCCAAAGGACAAACUCCACUAAUGCUUGCAGUGGCUUAUGGGCACGUUGAUGCUGUUUCUUUAUUACUUGAAAAAGAAGCAUCUGUAGAUGCAGCUGAUCUCCUGGGAUGCACAGCUUUACAUCGAGGGAUUAUGACUGGGCACGAAGAAUGUGUUCAGAUGCUGUUAGAGAAAGAAGUCUCUAUUCUGUGUAAAGAUGCCAGAGGCAGAACACCCCUGCACUUUGCGGCAGCUCGGGGUCACGCCACUUGGCUGAACGAGUUACUGCAGAUCGCCCUGGCUGAGGAAGACUGCAGUCUGAAAGAUAAUCAAGGUUACACACCACUGCACUGGGCUUGUUACAAUGGUCAUGAAAACUGCAUAGAGGUACUAUUGGAACAAAAACUUUUCCACAAAUUCUAUGGUAAUAGCUUCUCUCCAUUGCACUGUGCUGUAAUCAAUGAUCAUGAAAACUGUGCAUCACUACUCAUUGGAGCCAUCGAUGCCAGCAUUGUUAAUUGUGAAGAUGACAAAGGAAGGACGCCCCUUCACGCCGCAGCCUUCGCCGAUCACGUGGAGUGCCUCCAGCUCCUCCUGAGCCACAGCGCACAGGUGAACGCUGCGGAUCACGCGGGGAAAACACCGCUCAUGAUGGCAGCUCAGAACGGCCACGUAGGGGCUGUAGACUUUUUGGUGAACAUUGCCAAGGCUGACCUGACAUUAAAAGAUAAGGAGUCAAAUACAUCUUUGCACUUGGCUAGCAGUAAAGGUCAUGAAAAAUGUGCCUUGUUAAUACUUGACAAGAUACAAGAACAGAGCCUUAUUAAUGCAAAAAAUAAUGCAUUGCAGACACCUCUCCAUAUUGCUGCACGAAACGGCUUAAAGAUGGUGGUUGAAGAAUUGCUGGCCAAAGGGGCAUGUGUCCUAGCAGUAGAUGAAAAUGGUCAUACGCCAGCCCUGGCUUGUGCUCCUAACAAAGACGUGGCUGACUGCCUGGCACUCAUUUUGGCUACCAUGAUGCCUUUUUCUCCUUCCAGUUCAGUGACGGCUUUCAACUUCGUUUGUUUUAAAAAAGACAAUUUGGGCAGGACACAUCUCUGCGAUGGCUCCAGUAUGGGUAGCAUUAACUCUUACAAUAAGCCCUUGAGUAAUAACAUAGGAACAGAGGAUGGGUACAAUGAAAAUGAUUCGGAUUCUGAAACAUUUUGACUCAUUGGUAUUCAAAAACUUCAUAAUUAUUUAAUUUCAGCUUUAUUUUUUGUCUUUUUAAAAAGCUUAAAUCUCACAACUAUCUUCUUAACUAUUAUUCUUGACAAGUAGGUAUUGAAAGAUUUGUAGUGUUGAUGAGAAUCAAGCCUUCAAAUAACAAAAUUAGAGGGAUUUACUGGAACAUAUUCCCGUUAGUGUUCUGCAGCUUUUCAGUUUCCUGAUGUUUUCUUUAGGUCCAAAGUGCCCCUGUGGAAAGUCUCUACCUCUUAUUUUAAGUAGAAAAAGAGAAAAUGCCUUUUUUUUCUUUUUGACAGCACAAAUAAACAGGGAACUGUUUGUGAAGAAUUCUUUCAUGUUUUAGCUGUACCUUUAGUACACAAACAUAUUUCCAGCGUAGCCUUCAAAGAUUAGAGCAUCACCCCCUUCCUACGUUUGUCUGUUUCCUGCUUCCAGGGGCUCUGUUAAUUAGAUAAUUUUUUUUAUACAAACCAAAGGUAAACUUGUAAUCUUAAAACUGCCUGUAUUACUUUUCUACAGGAAAUGAAACCUUUUACAUUCUGCCUGUAUUAAGCACUUAAACAUACAGAAGGCACUUUUUACAGUUCUUAGUUGCAGCACACAAUUAAAAAAAUGUAGUUGUUAGCUCUUAAGGCCAAAUUCUACUCAUCUCACCAUAUUUUCCCAUGGACACCACUUGUGUAAAAUGAAAAUCACUUGGCCCUUAUUUUUUUUCAAUUCAGCACAAACGUGUAUGGUUUAUUUGCACUACAGAAUUAGGGUCAUUAGACGUUUCUGUCACCUGAGCCAUUAAUCAUGAUUCCAGUAUCAGAAAAAAAAGGGGAGGGGGGAGAAAUCAAGUGUAGACAAAAGUGUAUGUAAAAGUUUAUAAUGACUUGCCAACUUAAAUGGAUUUUUUUGUUCCUUUUCUAUGGUUAAAUAACUUAUUUUUACUGUAAACAGCAUCAACUCUUAAAAUACUUUUGCCAGUGUUUGGAUUAACAGAGCAAAGGUAAAGCAAUGAAAGCAUAACACCAAAAGUUGAAAUACCAAACACCAGAAAACAUAGCAGUGUACUGUGCAGGGGAUCAGAGAUAACAUGUUAAAAAGCCUAUUGUCACCAGCUUUUAAAGCAAUGUCAACUUUGUGAAUAUGUUUACUCCUUCUGCCAAAGUUUCUAGGUCAAAUGGACCACAACCCUCCUCUGCAACAGAUGUACAAAAGGAAGAAUGAGACUUUGUAAACAAAAACAAAAAAACCCAAACAAAAAGUUAUCCUGAACUAACCAGCUGUACCAAGAGGACCAAAAUGCUUCAGUAAUUAAAUUGAAGACUUUGCUACUUUUAUUUUUUUCUUCAAAUGUGAGUGACAUAAUGAAGUAUUUUUUCCUAAACCAUAAAAAUAUAAACUUUUGAGGUAAUUAGUAGUCUUGAGUGAAUUUUACAUUUUAUGACGCAGGUUUCAAGUUGACAUUUUUAACUGAUGUGUUGACCACAGGUGGGGUUUUUUUCCAGACUAAAAAAUAUGUUCAUAUACUUUUAAUGUAAAUGUUUUUCUAUUUAUUUGAAAUGAAACAAAUGCCCAGGAAAAAUAACUAUGGCUUGUUCUCCUAGUUAGCAUUUAUGCAUACUGUUUGGGACGGUGUGAAACAAAAUGUGAAUCUAGGCAAGAGUGAUGGCCUGAGUAGCAAAAGGAAGAGUGGAUGUACUUUGGGAGAGUGUCCAUCUUCUUGUGUGGGAUGCAAAGGUUGGGUCCACAGGCUUUGUUGGUAAAAAGCAGAAAGCAAAACACCUUCCCCUGUUUAAAGAGUGUAAGAAAGGGAUCCAGCCCCUUGCCAGAGAGGUGAGAAAACACUGUAGAGCUGCAGUAGAGGGGAAAAGGUAGCACAGCAUGGAGCCAAGGUGUUAACAUUCCUGUGAUUCACUGCUCAGGUUGUCUGCAGGCCCAGUCUGUGCUGGGAAAGUGAGAUGAGCUUCCUUGGUGCUUGCUUUUGGCAGUGGGAAUGAAAAGGAAAGACUUAAUAUUUCGGUUGCGAUAUUUUUAGCCAUGUUCCGCUUAAUUGUUAAAAAUCUAUUGGCAGAUUUCAGUUCCUUAAUUAGGAAAGAAAAUUUAUAUAUUAAUUUUAUUUUGUCUUGUGAAAAUUAAAUAUUUUUCCUUGAACGUUAACAAUUUUCCAAAGUUUACAACAAAAAAAAUCACAAGGGAUAGUGUCUCUUUCGACUCUAGUUUCUGCAGUAGAAUGACAGAUCACCUGAAACCCUGGUUUUCUCCUCAGAAAUAGCACAAAAUAACGUUUUAAUGAUUGAUUUUUCUCAACAGUUUUCCUUUUUAAAGUUGCAGAAUAGCAAUAACCACCUUACUUUAAGCACUGAAAAUAAGAGGAGAGAUCAGUCAUUAAAGUUUUCAGUGGUGCUUGUUCCAAAAUAAAUAGGAGUCCCAAAUUUUGGAUUCUUUAUGUGGAAUGAUGGCAUUGAAAACAAACAAAUGGGAAAUAGUUGCCACUUGUCUAACAGCAGGAUUCUUAUUUUAAGCAGAAAUGUAGGGAGGCUCCUUGGCAAGAUUAGCCAUGUCUUACCCUGAAAUACGGAAAGUUAUCCCAUCGUACAUGAAAUUACUUCAUUAGGAGGAAACCAGCACUCUUUACAAAGAGUUGUUACGUUAUUUUAAGCAGCCAUUUUAAAAGUUUCAGUAUUUUUACUUGCUACCAGACAGAGUUAGGGAAUUUACUUCUCUUUGCAAUACCUCAUAACUCUGGUAAUCGUGUAGUACAACAGCUCCUGCCUCUUAGUGAUGGACACAGCAUCCCAGAAGCAGAGGUGAAUUAUGCUGAUCCUUCUAGGAACCAAAUCUAACCUUUACCCAUUAAACACUUCUAUGAACUAACAGUGCUGUCAGUAUGCACUGUUCCAAAAAUCAUUGGAACAUACGCUGUGUUCGCCCCUUAAGGGCAUUGCAAAUGUGUUCUGAGUGUGCUGUAUUGAGGAGGAAAUCUGCCAUGAGCAAGACACUUGGGAGUUCUCAGUGUUGGCCUGUCCCACGUCUCACGUGAGUCACCGGAAUCCCUUUUUUUUUUGUGUAUGCUAGUACAUUAAUCUGUAAUUUAUCACAUGUAGAAACAUAUGUGUAAUUUAGGGCAGGUAUUUAAGCAUGGGAGUAAUUUUACUCUUGUAAAUAAUCUCCUUGCCUUUCUGUGGACUUUUUUUACAAGAGUAAUCAUACAUAAUUGUUGCACUUAACCCUGGAUCCUGCAAUUUAUAGUACAUGGACAACUUUUGUGUCUGCACCAAGCAAAGGGUAUUUGGGGAGGGGCAGCUGCCUGCCCAGGUGUAUUAGCAGGAUCGUUUCAUCCUGUAUUUUAACCACAGCUGCAGGUGGAAUCCAUAGCAGGAUGGGGUCCCAAGUCUCUCUCAUAAAUACUGAGUUACAACCUCCGGACUGCCUGAAAUUGCUGUGAAAUAGCUCAGGGGAUUUCUGUUCAUCGCUAUUAAAAGGGCACCAUAAUGUGUUUGGUACUUUUAUGCAGUAAACAACUGCCAGGUUAUUGAAUUAGAACAAACACAUGAAAUGAAUUGUUUAUCCAUUGUACUGUUGAGAAACUUGGUUAUGUAUCUUGAGAAUGAUUUAAAAAAAAAUUGUGAUUUUUAUUCUUAGUCAUGUAAGAAAUAUUAGAGUGCCUUUUUAUAUUUGUGUAUAAUGGAAAUGUUUUGUGAAACUUGUCUUUUUUUUUUUCAUUUGAGUGUUACAAAAGCAAUAUAUUACCAGUAAAUUUUCAUUUCAGACCUUCUUUGAAUGUAUAAAGUGUUUCUUCUUUUCAUAUGUUCUACCUGCAUUGAAAUGAAAAUUAAUAUGCUAAAUUUCUAUAGGAAUAAUGUAUAAUUUUUGCAGUGCUGAAAAUGCUUUCUUAUUACACAAAAAUUAAACCUUAGGUCAGUGUUAUAGGAAAGGGCGUUUAAAACUGGUGACAAUCUGAGUGUGUGUAUAAAAUGUAAUUUUAUGCGUUUCUUAUGCAGUGAUCUACAUAUUAAAGCCAAUAUCUUAUGUUUUGUAGGUUUUGUCUUAUAUUUUAUGCUUUAGCAUGUGCAAUAUAUCUUUACAAACCAUGGUGAUACGCAUCUGGUGCCAGUGUUAUAUUUUGCAUAACAUUUGUAAUAAACAAUAUAAAAUAUUGUUUGAUGGUUUCAGUGGGGUUUUGUCGGUAUUGUUUGCUUUUGUAAAUUGAAGUUUAAGGACUUGGGUAAAUGUCACAUAUGAAAUGAGGAAAAAAGUUAAUUCGGUGAAUGACUUGGAAUUCAACCUGAAUCUUCUCAAGCACAGUUUAAUAACUUUUUCAACUACUGAAUGCUGUAUUAAUGUAAUAAAGAACCCUAACUGUAAACUACUCUUGCAAUGCAUUCAGAUGGUUAUUUUUACAAAUAAAAAUGGUACAAAUACUGUUGGAAAA